UUCCCGCUUGCCCUCUUUAUAAUACGACGAACACAAAUUCUUCAGUUCAAACAUACCUUUCUCCUCUCGUUCUAAUUUCUAUUCUCCCAAACAGUUUUCUUUCUUUUUCUAUCUGCAAAUUAACCCCUAUUUUGAACUUUGAAAUCCAAGCAUGGCUGAUGCAUUGACAGAAAAUCAGAUUGCAGAGUUCCGGGAAGCCUUUGCUCUGAUCGAUAAAGAUUCAGACGGCUUCAUUACCACGGAAGAACUGGCAGCGGUAAUCCAAUCAAUAGAUCGGCAUCCAACAGAAGAAGAAAUCAAGGACAUGAUCAGUGAGGUUGAUUCUGAUGGAAAUGGGACAAUAGAUUUUGAGGAAUUCUUGAAUAUUAUGGCUAGGAAAGCCAAGGAAAAUGUUGCAGAGGAGCUUAAAGAAGCUUUCAAAGUAUUUGACAGAGAUCAAGAUGGAUUUAUUUCGGCCAUUGAGCUGAGACAAGUAAUGAUCAACUUGGGAGAAAGAUUGACAGAUGAAGAGGCUGAGCAGAUGAUUAAAGAAGCUGAUUUGGAUGGUGAUGGUCAAGUCAGCUACGAUGAAUUUGCUAGGAUUAUGAUGCUGAGUUGAUCUUAAUCAACUAAUUGUAUACAAGUAAAUUAUAAAUUGAUGAAAAUUAACUCUGUGGUUCGAUUACCAUACAUCUUAGGGAACAGUUUACGUUGUUUGAUUGAGUGCCAUUUAUGCACAAGUGCUGAAAUUGUCCAGAUGACAUCAUCUUUUAUUAUACAAUUUUUUUUUUCUUUCUUUAUCAUCGAAAAGUAUGGAAAUUCAAGCUUAAAAUUAUUCCGGAGAAAAUGGUGGCUAUGAGCUGCUAGAUGGUUCCGUAAAAGAAUUCAACAUACAUGCAACUUUUUUUUUUUUUUUUUUUUGGGGUCAAUUAACAUACAUGUAUUGUCAGUCACGUUUUGUACACAAUUUAUAUUGUGAGAACCCAAUAAAUAGACUUUUAUAAUAUUAUUUUAUUUUUUUU